AGCAAAGCCGGAAAUUACAAUUAAAAUUAACCUAAGUACAACUAAAAUAAAUUUACAUUUCACUUAUAUGAGAAACAUUUUGCUAUUCAUACAAUUUUUGAUGAAUAAACGUGGUUUUGGAUAAACGUGGAUAAGAAUAAUAUUCAUAUUAUGUGCCUUUGGAAAGCACAGCGUCGCUUUUAUGAAGAUGCUAUGUAUUAACUCGCCCUUUGUCAGUUCGGGUUAAAGAAUCAUUUAUUUCUCAAAAAGAAAUUUACAUUUCACUUAUAUGAGAAACAUUUUGCUAUUUAUACAAUUUUUGAUGAAUAAAUUCACAUCGUAGAUAAGUAGUUUUAAAUUUUACAAACGUUUGCUCCAACAAACUAUGCAUUAUUAAUAUUUCCUCGCUUCAUUGUUCGAUGUAAUUAAGUUUACAUUAUUGUAGUUUAUUUAAUCUACUGGCAACAUAUUGCACGCUUAUUUUUAGAGAUUUAAAAAAUAAGUAUUACUAUUGACUCAAAAAACCACCCCUCCACCCCCAACCUUGGUGGGGUCGCUAGAAGCAAUCCUCAUUAUUUUUUCGUGCACGACAACAGACGCACGCAUCCGCUUACCGUUACAAAAAAAAGAAAAACCAUAGACAUUACAACCUCAAUUUUCAUUCUUGGUCGGCGUGGUUAGAUCGCAAAGCAAAAAUAUGGCGGCGAUCAUGCGGCGAUCAUGACCAAACGCAAGCGGCAAGAAAAGAUAGAACAUUAUCAAAGAAAAUUGAGAAAGUAUGCUGGUUUAAGGUUUUCAUCGUCUUCAUCAGAUGAGAACUCGGAAGACGAGGAGUUCCUCGACCAAGAAGUCCUGGUUAUCCCGGACGACGAUGGCCAAGGCGCGGACGCGCCUAGCAACGAUGAGGCUCCAGAGGCUGCUCCGGGAGACGGUUCCCCUGCGCCCGUCGCGCUCGACGUAGCACCGGUCCCCGAGACUGCAGAAGUACCGGAUCUGGACCCAGAACUCGUCACUGCACUUGGUGAAGCAACAGAUGACAAACCUAAAUUCGGAGACAAAAUCCACGAAAAAUUGGCAUCUCUUUGGCCCCCGCUACUGCGGAAAGGCUUGCCCUCAGAGGCAAAAGAAAAAUUAAAGAAUGAAUACCUCAUUCCAGAGAACUGCACCCUAUUACAGGCACCAAAGCUAAACCCGGAAAUCUCCGCAGCUAUUACGGAGAUGGUUCGCAAUAGGGAUAAGAAGUUGGAGGCCAGCCAACAACAGCUUGGCCUAGGAAUUACAGCUGUGAAUCGAAGCCUAUCGAUCCUACUCGCAUCCGAUGACAAAGUCACAGCAAUAAAGUUGUUAAGUGACAGUUGCCGGAUCCUGUCUGAUCUGCAUUUUGGAGAGACCCAAACCCGCAUAAAAUUGAUAACCCCAGGGCUAGCCAGACCUUUCCUGAAUGUCAUCCAAGAUGAAGAAAGGGACGAGUUACUUUUCGGAAGCAAGCUUGCAGAGAAAAUCAAAGCCUCAAAGGCUAUUGAAAAACAGGGGUUGCAAAUCAAGAAACCUGUACCUGCCGUUAAGAAUACACCAGCCUCCUCAAGCUCGACUCCUGUCCCACGAAAUCAGUACCAGUUCCAGGGAAACUGGGCAGGACCUACACGGUACCAGUCCAAUAGGGGCGGGCGGGGAGCUCACAGGAAAGCUACAGCGGCUCGCAAACCAGCUCCGAACCCACAAGCCAAGCCGGCGGGCCAGGCCAAGACUCGUGCUGCCACUCAACAAUGAGCCAGCUGGCAGAAACAUGCUAAGGGUGGGAGUGCUCCGUGGAGAUCCUCGGUCUGCAGUCUGCAGGUCUCCUGAUGAGAACAGGAUUAAGUAUUUGAAAUUUUUUCUAACAUUUAAUUCAAAAUUAUUUUUGAGUUUGCUCUAGAGCUGAUAUAAUAACAGAUAUUUUUAAGCAGAAAUGAAUAGCACAUAAUUAUUGAACAAAAGAAAUCAUUAAAAAAUACAUACGUUAACAUCCACAGCGCAGGCUUCGUCAUAUAACAGAGUGUUCGUCCACCUAAGGUUUCGUCAAAAUAAAACAUUACCAUAACAUACACUAUCCGCAACAUGCAUCGUCAAAACACAAGCACACACAAAAAAAAUGGCAAACACAGUACUCUUAAAUAAAAACCUUACAUCCCAACCCGGUCAGUACCCGGAACAAAUGUCCCCAAAAUACCAGCCGCGUUGCCGCGCUGUAUAGCCAACGAUAUACGUUGUACCAGGUACGAACCCGAUCUAGGAUCGCAACCCCUAUCCCGCAAGCGUCUACCCAGGGCCUUCACAAAAUCCUUG